AUGCAAAAACAAGAAGAUAAAGCACAGACAGAUCUGAUUCAAUCCAUCAGCAUCCCUAACAUGGAAACCCCAGCAGGUGGUCAACCCUCAUUUUCAGAACUCCAGAGGACGGACCCCACAUUAAAGAAAUGUUUCAACCUAGAAUUUCAAAGUCUG